AUGAUUUUACCGAAGCUACCGACCAGCGUGGCAAUGGAAGCUCGCGAUCUCAUAUUAGGCGAACCAGGAGAUGCACCAUACACGACUUUCAAAACCGAAAUUUUGAAAAGACUUGGGACCACCGAGGACCAAAGAACGCGCCGGCUCCUGGAAAGUGAAGAGAUGGGUGACCAAAAGCCGUCCCAGUUCCUGCGCCGCCUGCAACAUUUAGCGGGCAAAAAUAUUGCAGAAUCAACAGUGCGCGCCUUGUGGAAAGGACGUCUGCCGCGAGAGCUACAGGCUAUCCUGGAGAUCGUCAAAGAUCAGCCACUUGAGAAAGCAGCGGAGAUAGCGGACGCCUCCAUCGUGCAUAUGCCGAUCCGCCCCAGCCUAGCGGAGGUAAACCGAACAGCGCCGAAGCAAGAGGACUCCUUGGUGGAAGAGAUGAGGAAGCUUAGUGCGGCAUUUCACCAGGAAGUCGCUACGAUGAAGAGGGAGAUGGCAGCAGUGAGAGCAGGACGCGAUCCGGUGCAGAACAAUUCUAGUUCCCAGAAGCACAAGCAACGACGCUCCAGAUCCCGCUCGCGUUCAAAUUCAAGAAGUCAACGUCCCGCGGACUUGUGCUGGUAUCACUGGAGAUUCGAUACCAAAGCCACUCGGUGUACAACCCCUUGUGUUAAGUCCCCGGGAAACCAGCUGGGAGGUCGUUAA